AUGGGUUGUUAAGCCAUGAAAUAGAAAAAGCAAGAUGUACAGAGAGCCAAUUUGGAAAUAGUACUCAAAUAACAAAUUAAUGAUUUAAUUUAGUAAUGUAAGAUUAAUAUACUAAUAAAUAGAACAAUAGAUUACUCUGGAUAGUUAAGAAGAAGUAUUCAUAUAUGACAACACUUUAGAGAAGGAAGUGAAAGUUCCAAAAAUGAGAUAACCAAGUAAAUAAUUGUAUUAAAUAUAAAAGUAUUUAAUUCACUUGUGUAAAGAAGAAAGUUGUAGAGAUUCGAAGAUAAUGUUAAGUUAUAAAAUAAUUGA